AUGGGGAAGGCGGUGGCGAUCGAGAAGGUGGUGGUGCAUCCGCUGGUGCUGCUGAGCAUCGUGGAUCACUACAGCCGCGUCGCCAAGGACACGCACAAGCGCGUGCUCGGCGUGCUGCUCGGCGAAACGGCGCGCGGCCGCAUCGACGUCACCAACAGCUACGCAGUGCCAUUCGAGGAGGACGACAAGGACGCGAGCAUCUGGUUUCUGGAUCACAACUACCACGAGGCCAUGUUCGCCAUGUUCAAGAAAAUCAACGGUGCGCCGCCCUGCCGCCCCGCUGCCCCGCUCCACGCUCCAGCGAAGGAGCGAGUGGUGGGGUGGUACUCGACGGGCCCCAAGAUCCGCGAGAGCGACCUCGACAUCCAGGAGCUCUUCUACAACUACUGCAGCGACCCCGUGCUGGUGAUCAUAGACGUGCAGCCGCGCGAGCUGGCCAUCCCCUCGCAGGCCUACUGCACCGUUGAGGACGUCAAGGAGGACGGCACGCAGAAGAGUCAGAAGGCGUUUGUGCACAUCUCAUCGGAGAUCGGCGCAUACGAGGCGGAGGAGAUUGGCGUGGAGCAUCUGCUGCGCGAUGUGAAGGACGCCACCAUCACCACCCUCGCCUCUGAGGUGAGCGCAAAGCUGGUGGCGCUCAAGGGUCUGGAGUCACGGCUGAGGCAGCUGCGGUCGUACCUGGAUCUGGUGGCAGCAGGGCGGCUGCCCCUGCGGGCGGACAUCCUGUACGGCGUGCAGGACGCCUUCAACCUGCUGCCCAACCUCAACGUCGACGACCUCGUCAAGGCCUUCGCUGUGCGCACGAACGACAUGACGCUGGCGGUGUACGUGGCAUCACUGGUGCGGUCCAUCAUCGCGCUGCACAACCUCAUCAACAACAAGGUGGUGAACAAGGAGGCGGAGAAAGCAGUGGACUCAAGUGCUGCACCAGCACCACCCGUCUCCUCUGCUGCUUCCUAG